CCGCUUAAAGCUCAGCAGUUUGAGUUUCCUACUUCAGUUGUUUUGUUCUCUGAAUACAGUCAGCGGGUGGUUUUGGAUUUGAGAUGACUCUGUCUGUGAUCACGCUGAUCAUAUUCACUGGAGCUGUUUGUACUUCUGCAACAAGGCCCUACCAUGACUUCCAUUACAUCUACGGGUGCUAUGAGUCCACCGAGGUGCGGGUGGAUGUGGUGCUUGAUGAAGACGAGGUUGCGUACGCUGAUUUCAACAAAGGAGAAAUGGUGACUACGAUGCCUCACCUGCCGGAAAGUCUAGCAGCCUUUAAGAAACGGGUUUAUACGAUUGCCAAAACUAGCCUUCAUCACUGUCAAAGUGUUUUGAGAAAAGCAAAAAAAGCGGAUCCUGGUGCUCCCAUGCGACAAGCUGCUCCAGACAGCUUCAUCUACAGCCGGUAUGAGGGGGAGGACGGUGUGGUGAACACUCUCUUCUGUUUGGCAAACCACUUCUACCCUCCCACCAUCAAUUUCACAUGGACAAAGAACGGGGUGGAAGUCACCGAGGGGGUAUCGGACCUACGUUACCGCCAUAACAGUGACGGGACGUUCCACAGAAUUUCCACACUGAGUUUCGUUCCUCGGGAGGGAGACGUUUACUCCUGUUCAGUGGAGCACCAAGCCUCACUGCGGCCUCUCACCAGUAGCUGGGAGCUGAACAAGAGGAAGAGCGGUCUGAGUCCUGCCGCUGGGUUCUUCAUUGCGAGCCUGGUUUUGUGCCUGACGGGAAUCGGGACCGGAGCCUUCUUAUUCACCAAGCAGCCAAACUAGUGCCUUCACUUCUGGGAUUUCACUGAGAGCAGCUCAACCAGAAGCUGUAGCUAAGCACUCACAUGUUUUCAGAGAUGCUUCCCCUUUUUUGUUUUUUCCACCGUUAAUGUAACAGGAUCCUCAAACAGCCUCUUCUCUUCAAUGAGGGUUGUUGGUAAACCCAUAAAAAACACAUUAACACCUCACCACAUUUCAGCCAGGAACAUUACACACACGUCUUGUGUGGAGACCACUGGAUUUAUUAUAAAUGAUUCACAGGGAAAUUCAGAGAAUGUGCAUUGUGACUUGACUUGUUGACUGAAUUUUCUUUAUGUUUUUUUGCUUUAUAAUCUGUUUUUUUUUAAAGUAAAGGACUAAAACUUGA